UGCCGCGCCCCUUUAAGGGCGGCCCCUCCGCCGGGGAGGGCCGGCUCUUCCCGGUCUCGCGACAUUCCUGCCCGCCCCGCCCCGCCCGGCCGGCAUCUGCCUCUCCUGCCCUCCCGCCCGGCGCUGCCCGCGGACCCCGGAGCCGAGCGAGCCGAGCGGCGGCCGCGGAAGGUAGCCCCUCCCUCCGAGCUGCUGCUGAGACGGAGCCAAGAUGGCGGGCGCGUCGGUCAAAGUGGCCGUCCGGGUGCGGCCCUUCAAUGCCCGUGAAAUCAGCCACGCUGCCACGUGUGUCAUCCAGAUGCAAGGACCAACGACCUGCAUCGCCAACCCCAAGCAGACCAAGGACGCCCCCAAGAGCUUCACCUUUGACUACUCCUACUGGUCCCACACUUCGGAGGAGGACCCCCACUUCGCUUCCCAGCGGCAGGUCUACAAAGACAUCGGGGAGGAAAUGCUGCGCCACGCCUUUGAGGGCUACAACGUCUGCAUUUUCGCCUACGGGCAGACGGGGGCCGGCAAGUCGUACACCAUGAUGGGCAAGCAGGAGAAGGGCCAGCAGGGCAUCAUCCCUCAGCUCUGCGAAGACCUCUUUGGCCGCGUGGCGGAGGACGCAUCACCCUCCCUGUCUUGUUCCGUGGAGGUGAGCUACAUGGAGAUCUACUGUGAACGUGUGCGUGACCUCCUGAACCCCAAAAGCUGCGGGAACCUGCGUGUGCGCGAGCACCCUAUCAUGGGGCCUUACGUCGAAGACCUUUCCAAGCUGGCCGUCACCUCUUUCGAAGACAUCGCCGACCUCAUGGACUGCGGCAAUAAAGCGAGGACCGUGGCGGCAACCAACAUGAACGAAACCAGUAGCCGCUCCCACGCUGUGUUCACCAUCGUCUUCACGCAGCGCCGGCACGACGAACUCACGGACCUGGACACCGAGAAGGUCAGCAAGAUCAGCUUGGUGGACCUGGCCGGGAGCGAGCGGGCUAACUCAUCGGGUGCGAAGGGCACAAGGCUCAAGGAAGGUGCCAACAUCAACAAAUCCCUGACCACACUGGGCAAGGUCAUCUCUGCCUUGGCUGAGAUGCAAAGCAGCCACAAGAAGAAGAAGAAGAAGACAGAGUUCAUCCCUUACCGGGAUUCAGUGCUCACCUGGCUGCUGAAAGAGAACUUGGGGGGUAAUUCCCGCACGGCCAUGAUUGCCGCCCUCAGCCCAGCCGACAUCAACUACGAGGAGACGCUGAGCACCCUCCGUUACGCCGACCGUGCCAAGCAGAUCCGCUGCAAUGCCAUCAUCAACGAGGACCCCAAUGCCCGGCUCAUCCGGGAACUCAAGGAGGAAGUGGCCAGGCUCCGGGACCUCCUCUCCACGCAGGGCCUCUCGGCUGUCUGCUUCUCGGGCACUGAGCCUGCCGAUCUGGGCAGCAGCAGGCGGAGCAUCCCCAGUUUGCCCUUUGCCUCGAUGGCUGGCUCCUCUCUCCUGCUGGAGCCCGUUGCCCUCAACGGGGAGCUGGAGCUGUGCCUCCCGGCCUCGGAGGAACAGAUGCUCUGCACAGAGGAGGCCAUGGAGAGACUCGAGGAGACCGAGCGGAUAAUUGCGGAACUCAACGAAACGUGGGAGGAAAAACUGCGGAAGACAGAGGCCAUCCGGAUGGAGAGAGAGGCUCUCCUGGCAGAGAUGGGCGUGGCUCUUCGAGAGGACGGGGGCACCGUUGGGGUCUUUUCCCCCAAGAAGACUCCCCACUUGGUGAACUUGAAUGAGGACCCCCUGAUGUCGGAGUGCCUGCUCUACCACAUCAAAGACGGUGUCACCAGGGUUGGCCAGCAGAACGCGGACAUCUGGCUGAGCGGGCAGUUCAUCAAAGAGCAGCACUGCAUCUUCCGCAGCGUCACCAGCGAGAGGGGAGAAGCGGUCGUCACUCUGGAGCCGUGCGACGGGGCUGAGACCUAUGUCAACGGGAAGCAGGUGACGGAGCCCCAGGUCCUGCGAUCAGGCCACCGCGUCGUGAUGGGCAAGAACCACGUCUUCCGUUUCAACCACCCUGAGCAGGCCCGGCUGGAGCGGGAGCGCAGCGCCCCCCUCGAGGCCCAGGCAGAGCCGGUGGACUGGAACUUCGCUCAGCGGGAGUUGCUGGAGAAGCAGGGCAUCGACAUUAAGCUGGAGAUGGAGAAGAGGCUUCAGGACCUGGAGACCCAGUACCGGCGAGAGAAGGAGGAAGCGGAGUUGCUGCUGGAGCAACAAAGGCUGUAUGCAGAUUCAGACAGUGGUGACGACUCUGACAAGCGCUCGUGCGAGGAGAGUUGGAGACUCAUUUCCUCCCUGCGGGAGAAGCUGCCGGCCACCAAAGUGCAGACGAUCGUGCGCCGCUGCGGCCUGCCCAGCUCGGGCAAGAAGCGGGAGCCGCUGCGGGUGUACCAGAUUCCGCAGCGCCGAAGGGCAGCCAAGGACCCCCGCUGGCUGACUCUGGCCGACCUCAAGAUGCAGGCGGUCAAGGAGAUCUGCUAUGAGGUAGCCCUCAAUGACUUCCGGCACUCCCGCCAGGAGAUCGAGGCCAUGAGCAUCGUCAAGAUGAAGGAGCUCUGCCGUAUCUAUGGCAGGCGCGACCCCAACGAGCGCGACAGCUGGCGUGCUGUAGCCCGUGACGUCUGGGACACGGUGGGUGUGGGCGAGACCGAGGGCCCUGGAGGAUGUGGCGUGGGGACUGGGAAUGCGGAGACCCGGGCCAGCACGCCGGGGGUGGAAGUCAGCGACCUCCGAGCGCAUAUCGACAAGCUGACGGACAUUCUCCAAGAAGUGAAGAUCCAAAACAACAUGAAGGACGAAGAGAUCCGGGCACUGCGGGACCGGGUGGUCAAGAUGGAGCAGGUCAUCCCCGUCUCGACCGAGGAAGACGAAGACCUGGAGAACGAGUGGCAAUCCCUGAUCUUGGUGCAGGAGGGUCGCGUUCUCGGAGCCAAGGGGGAGCCGAGGGAGCAGGGGGGCAGCCCAGCCCCCCAGGAGGAAGAGGGGUCCUCGUGCUGCGACCGAGUCUCCCGCCUGAUGAAGAAGGACCCUGCCUUCCGCCGGGGGCGCCUCCGCUGGCUCCGCCAGGAGCAGCUGCGCCUCCAGAACCUGCAGCAGCAGCCGCAGCAGCGCAGGGGCCACAGCCGCUUCAUCCCUCCGCAGGACUGCAAGCUGCGCUUCCCCUUCAAGAGCAACCCACAGCACCGCUACUCGUGGGGGCCCAGCACAGCCUUUAUGGUGGGCAGCAAUGGCGAGGAGAAGGAAGGGGCGCCGGGCGAGGAGAUGCCCCCGGCCCCCAGCCCCGACCGCCACAGCAGCCCCGGCCCUCAGCCCAAGCAGCUGCCCCGGCGCCACUCCCUGGAAGGUGGGCCACGGGGCAGGCACAGCUGUGGACGGGGGCAGGAGCAGCACCCAGCACGCAAGCAUACCUGUUACCCCUACCAGCACCAGCCCUACCCGCAGCGCCGGCCGGGGGGCCUGGAGAGCCCCACCCCACCCCGCAUGCGCCGGCAGAGAUCAGCACCCAACCUGCAGCAGGAGCAUGCUGGCGCCGAGUGAUUCUGCAAGGUGGCUGCUCCUGCACCCCCUUUUCCAGAGGGCAGUGGGGAGGAGCCCGUCUUGACAAGAGUGGUGGCGGCUGAGCCCAGCGCCCAAUGGGCAGAGAGCUGGCUUCUGCAGUUUGCAGAGCCCUUGACGGGGGCUGCGCAACGAGUUUGCUUGGAGCGGCGGUAGCAUUUGUAGGAAGGCAGUGUGGAGGGCUGGGAGCGCCUGGCCGGGGACAGGAUGCGGAGCUGCCUGGGAGCAGCUGCAGGGAUUGUCUGCACCCCCCCCACUGCCCCGCCCUGGAGCAGCCUUGGGGGGGGUGGGGGAAUCCAGUGCAGCGAGUGUUUGGGGGGGCUUCCCCUUGCUUUGUACGGUAGGUGGGCAGGCACGAUGGGCUGGCUUGAUCCGGUUUGAUCUGCGAAACGGGGCGAAGGGAUGGAAUUCCCAAAGGGGGAGGUGCAGAUAUAGCCUGAAGUAAAAUCCGCUCUUGGGGCAAAGGGGCAGAACUUCAAACUUUGCUUCCCCCUCCCCACUGCAAUGGCUCCAAAACGGUACAAACAGCUCAUUGUGCUGUUUGGGGGGGGGGGGAGAUAAAUCCUUAGCUGCCUCUGACUUUGCUCCUGCUAAUCAUGCGUUAAUUGUAAGUUCCUGGGGAUCCCCUCCCCAGUGCCAGGGUGAGAGGAAAAGGACCCGCUUUAGAGAGGACCUUUAUCCUCCCCCUCCACAUGGUCCAUUUGGCCUCAGGAGAAUCAGGCACCCAAGCACCCCCGUAGAAGAGCUCCCUGGAAAUUGCCAGCCUCGUGGGGGGGGGGGUCCCCAAGCCUUGCUGGGGGCAAGGGGGAUGUAUCUGGAGCUCUUAUUUUCAUGCUUGUGGGAGAUGGGGGGGCUGCGUUCUUCUGUUUGCUGCCAAAUUCCUGAACAAUAAAGGUGGCAGAACAUCCA